AAUUUGCGUCUUACCAUUAUAAAUAAUUUUUGUAAAGAAAAUAAAAAUAAAAAAUAAAUUGUAAUAAGUAUUUUUAAAAGAGAAUGAGUUAAAUAUAUAGUUUUGUGAGGACGUUGGCAUCUUUGUUAUUUGCCCGAUAAAGAACAUUGUAGAGCCAUUUAUAUCUACUGAAAAUGGCAUCUUCCUGCAUGGAAGGAGGUAUUCAUGGAAGUAUGGAUAUGAUGGACAUUUCGGACGAUGAUAUGAAUUCGGAAGUGCUUUCAGAUGAUGAAAAUCAUGUACAUGAGGAUCACUUCAGUUUUCCGAAUAGCUCCACUUGCUGGGUUUGCAAUGGGUAUUACGGGCCCAAUUUCGGUGAACCAUUGUGCAGUACUUGUCAUGCGUUUCUUUACAACACUGAACCGGCGGAGGAAUUGGAAACGACCAUAUCAGACGAUGAAGAUUCGGGUAAUGAUGAACCCCCUUUUAAAGAUAAAACUGAGGAGAAUGAUGACGAUGACGAAGAUGAUGAUGAUGUUGAUGCCGAAGUUGAUGUUGAUGUUGACGAUGUGGAGGAAGAUCCUGACAAUGAUGACGUCGUCGAAGAUGUAGUCGACGAUGUGGAGUUGGAAGUGGACAAUGAUAUGCCAGAAAAUCAACCAGCUGAGCAUGAAGCACCUGAGAGACCAAUGGCUGUUGAGAGACCCAGGCCAUCAGCUCCGCGCUCCCUGCCACAGCUAAUGGAAUUACUGUGUGAAGCUCGAGCCAAUGCAAAUGAAAUGGGUGUUGGAGCCAUAAUACCAUCCAUUAGACCAAAUCACAUUCUAUCAUUUCCGGUGGAAAUUAUGGUUAUAAUAUUUUCCUAUUUGGAUGAUAUGUCCAUGUGGAAGGCGAGUGAAGUAUGCAAGCAAUGGAAUCAGAUCAUAGCUCAAAAUACCUCGCAACAAAUGUGGCGGAAAUAUUUUAAGGAACGUUGGCCCUUGUUUCAAAAUUUGGCUGAUGUUCCCAAUUGGAUGAAAUUAUAUGGGGCACUAAUGAGUUCGUGCUUUUGUCGAACAUGUCUACUGCAAAUGGCUUUGAAGACACCACCAAGGCGGCAGAAUGCCAUAAGAGCCAAUUUUUUGAGAAAUGAUUUUCGUUUGGUCAACAGUUAUGCUACAGAAGGUAUUGAGGCUAUUCCACUGGAUAAACAAAACACAUACUGGCAGGCCAGUAUACAAGGGCCCCCCGGCAGUCCUUACGAAGGUGGAAAAUUCUUCAUUUUCAUAUUCUUUCCCGAGAGAUAUCCCAUGAUUCCACCUACUGUUCGUUUUCUUACGAAAAUCCUGCACCCCAACGUUUCGCGUCAUGGCGAUGUUGGUAUUGAUAUCUUUCAACACAAUUGGUCGUUGGCAUUGAAUGUUUCCAAAGUUUUAUUGUCCGUUCAAAGUUUGCUCACCGAUCCUUACACCGAGGUUUGUAUGGAACCCGAUUUGGGCUACAUGUAUGAACAUAACCGCUGCCGCUUUGAGUCUCUGGCACGUUCGUGGACUUGGAAGUAUGCCAUGUUCGAACUCAUUCCACCACGCUAGUAUAAAGUAUCAUAAAUAUAUACUCCUGGGCUUUUAUUCCUCCCUUUUGUUCAUAUAUUCCUCAAGCUUUAAAAGUACAUACAUAGAUACAAGCAUAUGUUCUUUUUAUUUCUCACAAUAUAACAAUAAUUAAGAAAGUUUCCUUAAAUUAUCACAAACUAUUGAAAGUGAAACUUUUAACUAUGGCUAAGUAGUUACUAUUAUUUUUAGUAUGCAUUUAUUUUUAGUUGUGCCAUUCAUUUGGGCUUUCGUUGCAUUGGUACUCAUUUUCGGCAAUUCAGUGAAUUUGUUCAAAAUUUAUUUAUUUCAAAACCUAACACAUAAAUUCAAAUAAAGGUACAUUUAAUUGUAAGCAUUCAAAAUCAACAAACAACAUAACAACAAUUUUGCACAAUAAAUUAAUAU